GCCCCGGCCGCUGCACGGACCUAAGCGGCACCAGGGUCGGACAUUAGGAGCAAUUCCUUCACAGAACGGGUGAUUAGAUACUGGAAAGGGCUGCCCAGGGCGGCGGCGGCGGCGUCCCCAUCCCUGGAGGUGUUUAAGGAAAAGACUGCACGCGGCACUCGGUGCUCUGGGCUGGGUGACAGAGUGGGGAUCGGUCACAAGAUUGGACUUGAUGGUCUCAAAGGACUUUUCCGAGCUCAGUGACUCUGAGAUUCUCGCCCUGGCGAGGGCUGGUUCACUUCGGGCUCCUGCCGCAGGUGCCGUUCCUGCCGCUGGCAAACGGAGCUCGCCCGUGGUAUUGCUUUUGGGAGCUCCUUUUGUGUUCAUUUUGGAUGGAGAAGCAGCCUGGUUCGUGCAUUACCAUGGGUGACCACUGCUUUCCUGUACUUCCCUAGUACUGAAGCCACCAGGAUUCAGUGAUGGAGGCUUUGCUGGAAGGAAUGCAAAGAAAUGGGCAGGGGAGCGGUGGGUUCUUGACCUCCUGUGCGGCCGAGCUGCAGGAGCUGAUGAAGCAGAUAGACAUCAUGGUGGCUCACAAGAAAUCUGAAUGGGAAGGGCAGACACAGGCUUUGGAAGCUUGUCUGAGUGCUCGGGAGCAGGAACUUUCCUCUGCCAAGGCAGCUCUGCAGGAAAAACAAAAGGAGGUUGGCCUGCUGCGUCGCCAGGUCGAAGAUGUGGAAAAAUCCAAGCAGGACAUGGUUAGAGAGUAUGAGCAACAGCUGAAGAAAUUCCAGGAGGAGUUGUCCCGGCUGAGGAGGAGCUAUGAGAAGCUGCAGAAGAAAAAAACAAGAAGCAGAGGAGAAGCUAACAAGGGACAUGAGGAGGACAAGUUCGAAUUGAGCCGACUGACCAGGAAGCUGGAGGAGUUCCGUCAAAAAUCACUUGACUGGGAGAAGCAGCGCCUGCAGUACCAGCAGCAGGUGGCAUCGCUGGAGGCGCAGCGCAAGGCUCUGGCAGAGCACUCCGAGCUUGUGCAGACCCAGCUGGCCAAUCGGAAGCAGAUCCUGGAUUCGGUGGAGCUGGCGAGCCGCUCAGAAAUCCAGCACUUAACCAGCAGGCUGGAGAGGGCCAAGGACACCAUCUGUGCCAACGAGCUGGAGGUGGAGAGGCUCAGCAUGAGGGUGGAUGACCUGAGUGAGGACAAUCGCAUGAUUCUGGAAGAUCAGCAGAGAGUUCAAGAAGAAUUACGGCAGUCCAAGAAAAUGUUAGAGGUGCUGCAGGAUGAGAAGAUGGAACUGAAAGCCACCUUGCAGUCUCAAGAAGAUUUCAUUGACAGCUCAAAGCUGCACCAGGAACAGUUACAGAAAGAGCUAAACCGGAUGACUGAAACUCUUCACAGAAAAGAACUCCUCAUCAGGGCCUUGGAGGAGCGCUUGCAAGGGAAGGCAUUGUCCUCUGCAGGGCUGGAGCUGGAGCAGGUGCUGCUGCAGCUGGAUGUUGCCCAGAAGAAGGAACAGCACUUGCAGUCAGAGGUGAAUCGUCUUGAGAACAGCCUGGUGACUUCAAAUGCCAGGUGUGUGCAGCUGAGUGAGGAGCUGAGUGAGAAUAUCAAAGAGCUGCAGUCUCUGGAAGAAGACCAGACUGAGUCAAGGGCAGAGAUUAAAAAGUUGAAAGACCAGCUCUCUCAGGCUGAACAAAUGCACAGCAGUGAGCUAGAAGGGAUGAAAAGGGAGAUCUCCAGGCUGACACAGGAGCUGAACCAGCGGGACAUCACCAUUGCAUCGGCAAGCGGCUCCACCUCAGACCUGGAGCGGCAGCUCAGAGCAGAGAUUGAAAGAGCAGAGAGGAAAGCAGUGGAGCACAGGGUAAUUCUGGUCCAGCUGGAAACCUUGAGGCUGGAAAACCGUCAUCUCUCAGAGAUUCUGGAAAAAAGAGAGUGUGGUAAGCUAAAGGGGGACGAUGGCACCCUGAGAGCACUCAGGGAGGACUACGCUGCUGAGCUGCAGAAAUUAAUAUCUGAGAACCAGCAGCUGCGGACGGACCUGGCAGAGACCAGGGCGAAGCUGGGGGUCACUGCACAGGAGUGCCCGGAUGGACCUGAGGGCAUGGCUCAGCAGGGGCAAGGCAAAGAGCCCAGGGAGGCACAGCACAGGACAGCUCAGGAAGCACAGCACGAGGAGGAUGAACACACAGGGAGGACGCAUCUCCAGCUUGACAGGACUGCUCAGCAUCAUCACAGGGACCCUCUAAGGUGUGGGGCUGCUGAAACAGGAACAGCACCUGAGAUGGGUGAGCCACCCUCCCAGAGCAGCAGCAAAAACUGCAAGGAAUCACGUGCCUGGCUGGGAGCAGAGUCUGUGCUUCAUGUGGUGGAUGAAAACAAAGAUUUUGCAGAUGAAGCAUCUAAGCAGCCUGCCUUAAAUCAUCACAGAGAAUCUGUUUUUUUGUGCCCCUUGCCUACAGCUCCUGUUGGAUCCAUUGCUGCACGAUACCUGGAAGAUGAAGAAAUGAGAUCCCAGCACAUCCUGGAGUGCCUAAAUGCUCACAUUGAGGAACUGAAAAAAGAGAGUGCAAAGAUAGUGAGACGAUUUGAACACCAGGAAUAAUGUUUGUUGUAGAAUUGGAAUGCUGGUUUCCUUAUGUGCUUCCGAACUGUGACUGGAAAGGUGCCUAUAUCCAGCUGGGAUUGGAGCUUGAGUGAGAUCCAUGUGUCCUACUUGGAGCUGAAUCAGCAGGAUGGGAGUUGAGGAAAAGGAGCCUCUGUCUACAUGCUUGCUCUGAUGAGGGGUGUUACACCACAAACACUUUAGUCAGCUUGCCAUAGGUCAGAGACCUGCAUCAGAGCUAUGUGCUCACUCACAAAGUUGAUGGUGUUUUUUAAAAGCAAACCAUUUGCUAAUUUUUAUGUAAAGUAUUUAAAGUAUGUUUUAUACGUGUAAAAGCAUUGAAAUAAAUCAAAAUAGCAAACACCUCUUUUCUUGUUUAUACAAAUACACAAAGUGACUCUUGUGGUUUAUAUUCCCUUCUCAUCAGGAACUUGGAUCAACACCUUUUCCAUCACAGCAUAGCUAUGUUCUUCAAAGAAUAGGCAAUAAAAUUCCUCUUUCCUUUAGGC